AUGCCUCCCUUCUCAGCCAUCAACCUCGAGCCCGAGGAGAACAUCGAGGAGGAAUUCGAUACUACCAAGGAGCUUCAAGUCGAUGAAGCCUUGAAGCUUUUCCAGAAUGCACUCAAGCUCCAUGCCCAAGGUCCCCAAUUCUUCGACGAGGCAUCCGAGGCCUACGACUCCCUCUUCUUAUCCGACAUAUUCAAGCUCCCCGAGAGCACGACUGAGUAUGAACGCGCCGAACGAGUACAGAACCCCUUCGUGCCGCUGGAGUCAAAUUUCGGGGCAGGUCUCGACGUGACGGGCGCAGACCCUGAUGGCAGCGCUGCCACUCUCCCACAGGCCCUUUUCCUCUCCUACAAGAACCAUGGACAAUUCGUUUUGGAUAGGAUAAGAUACAAGGCGAAAUCCUCCGAGUCAUCCACAGACGCGGUGUUUGAGGAGCCCGAAGUGAUAGCCAGCGCUCGGAGAGCCCUUGAUGACUUCACAGCUGCCCUGGACAGAGACCCGUCCGACGCUGAGCUCUGGAGAAGGACGGCCAGGACGGCAGCUUUCCUGGACAGUACAAGAUUGAGCCGAUAUUGUCUCGAGGCUGCAAUAGAACUGGAUGAUGACCCAGCCCUGGUCGAAGCCGAGCCUCCGUCGUUGGCCGAGGGAUUCGCCGGUGAACAAUUGAAAAAUCACCUCCAAGUCCUAUCUGAUGACACUGCUCUAUCGCAUCCUAUUAUGAAACCGUUCACUGAGAAGGAGAUGCCCGCGCUGUUGAAGCCACAUUUGGACCCUUUCCCUUUCCUGCCGGAUCCAACAAGAGAGCUAGCCGCUCACAAACUAUUAGCAGCAGAUAUCAAACUGUCAAGACUGCCGGUGGACAUCCCGAGCUUAUCGUGGGCGCAGAUCGGCAUGCGUCUGGUUUAUCUUGCUACUGAAGUUGGCUUUACUGGGCGAGCAGUCGUCAUUCAGCUCCCGGAUGGCCGGGACGAAGAUGAAGAGGAGGCUGUGCAGAUGGAAGUUGACCAGAAAUCUCCCGCCGCCUUGGUUCAGGAAACACUCCAAGACAGUACCACUCUCGAUUCGCCUACCGACACGAAAUCGUCCUCCAAAGAUGGACAAGCUGAAAAUGGAGCUAGCAUUGCAAGUCGACAGCGAAGCGUCUCUUUACCAUCCCGGAAGCGAUCAAUGUCCGUGGCUGGUCUACCGGAGCCGACCGAGGAAGAUAAUGCUGAUUCCAAGCGACCGAAGAGGGUGAGGAGGCGAGAAACCACGCUCACUGAAGACGCCGUCAAUGAAACAACUUUGCGGGCGACGCAGUUGCAACCAUUUCAAGGCGCAGACCAGAACCUUUUUCAAUUAACGAAAAACAUCCUUGAAAAUCUCGGUGUAACCGAUCAGACCACCGUUGACAGGAUUGGGGAUAUUAUCGACUCCGGUGCUCUCGAGGAAAGGACCUCAAAGAUCACCCAUGCUGCCAGCAUAGAUCUACGUGACUCCCUCGUCUCGUACGACGAAGAGAUCGCACAAGUCUUCCUCACGAAGUUGAAGACGCCUACUCUCGGCAUGACCACCUUCCUCGAACACACAAAACCCGGUGCGCAACGAGUGGUCGAGACGGCUGGCUUUGAUGAGCGCAGCGGUCUGAAGGCUUUCGUCAAGACAGUCAACUCCGGUUGGAUGACCGCUCAGGAUGUCGCAUUUGACUGGAUUCUGCUGAUAUCCAAAAGCUACACCACGAAGAAAUGGUCCGAGCAGCUCAAAACUGCCGUCGUUCAAGUGAUCAGUCAUUUUGACGAGGCUAUCCACGAUCGGGUCGUCUAUGAAGUUGGUCAGGUUCAAAGCCAAGAUGACCAAGACAGCGAGGAAUCCAAACUGGUCGAACUUGACAACCUUGUUCAGAUGCUGUUUGAGCUGUAUCUUGAUGUCUAUGAGCGUAUCACGAAUCCGAAUAGCCGCGUCGACGUUGCGAUACGAGUUGGUACAAAAGGACGUCUUGGUCGGUGGCUGGAUCUAGCAUCUGAUCUGAGACGCACGAGGCCAGCGGACGCCAGCAUCGACUUUUCUUUGCGAUUUCUUUGGGCUUGCAUCUUCUCAACCACCUUAGCCGAGGGUAUCUCUCGGGACCACGUCCUCGCGUGCUGGCACAGUUUGCGGGACUAUUUGACAACAACUGGUCAUGACAGAAUCGACUUGCCGAACAACGCCGUCAUGCCUGAGAUCUCAUCUGUUGAAGCGGACAGGGAGAUCAGCAAAUUGACAACCAUGGAUUUCUUCCUGGGUCUUUUCCAGGAAGAGAUGGCGGACCCUGUGGCGGUCAUUGAUACUCUCGAGCCGGUCCUCAACCCUGAUGCAGUCUUCGUGACGCCGACUCAAGGAACACCCACGAACGGAGAUAAAGCUGGGAACGGAGCUGUCGCAAAGGUGUCCAUCAAGGAAUGUGCUAGCCAGGGCCUGAAAGACUUAUGGAAGUUCCUUCUUACCAGUAGCACCGAUCUCAGGCUUCUCUUGUGGUCUCGUCUGAGUGAUGCGUACGGCACCAUCAAGUACACAACGAAGCAGUUCUCAUGUCUCUUGAAGAGUAUCGAGAUGGUCAUCGAUGACAUUGACAGCGAGACGUACUCGACGGCGGCGCCGGAAUCACGGAAGAUGGCCCUCCUGAAGCUCUUGAGGUCCAUCCACGACAUGAUGGUAUCGGCCCUCUCCUUAGCAUUGAAUGACAACACUGCAUUCGACAUUAUUGAUGAGGACCACAUCCGGGCUACAUCAUCCGCCCUCGCGAGAUUGAGUUGUCUCAUCCACGUUGCUGUGUUGCAGGAGGACGAGUUCACUUUAGGGAUCACACCAGCACCAUCAAAGUCUGCAACUUUCAAGGAGUUACUGGAGCGCUUGCGGGACUUGCAAGUGAGGACCUGGACACUGCAAUAUUGUCUGAUCAAAGUCGGCAUCCACCAGGACACUGGGAUAUUCAAAACGCUUGACAACGAUCUUGCUGAAUUUUUGAACGCUGUGCACCAAGUUCUGGGGCUGAGGAAAGCGUGUAGUGCGUCAAACAAGAUUUUCCUGAAGAUGAUGCGAAUAGAGUUGCUGAAGCAAAAGAAUAUCGAGAAUUGGGAGGACUAUCUGGGGCAGGUCCUAUACGAUUUGCACGGCCUCAGGCUAGGCGUUGGCAUCUGGGAAGUGCACGACCAUGGCUGCGCGCCAGAGAAACUGGAGAAGCGACAGGCGAUGCAGCUGGUCGAAAAGAUCACGACACUGGCCAAUCGCAUAUCCAUGAAGGAUUUGCUCAAGUCGGACCUCAAGAAUACCAUCGAGCAUAUGCAGGGGGCUAUCGGGCAGGCCAGGUCCAGCACACCCAUGAUCCACAAUCUUCGCAAUUUCCAAGAAUACCUCAAAAAGCCGAUACAUCCGCUGCGUCUUUACCAAGCGCUCGACGGCACUGUCCCAUUGGAUGCGACAACUGUCAACACAGCAGAAGCAUCUCUCGCCAGGAAUGGCUGGUUCUUCCUCUUGGGCAUGAUAGCCCUCACUAAGUUCAAGGGCGUUGAUUUGAACCGUCGCCAAACUCCGGGAGCAACAGACGACCUUCGUAUCGGAGCGACGUUCCUGCGCCUACAGCUUCAGUUCACGCCUGACAUGUGGGAGGCAUGGUUCCGGCUGGCAGAGUGUUUCGACUAUGAACUAGAUGAAGCAGUCUUGUGGUCGGCUGACAAAAUGAACAAAGACCGGAGCGAGCUUCUGAAAUUCCAACGCCACGCAAUCCAUUGCUACACUCUAGCAUUGUCACACUCUCAUGCGUGGUCGCCUGAGACCAAGGAUGACGAAGACAAGCUGUCCCAAUUCUACACUAACUUCGCCAUGCGCAUGUAUGCAUCAAGUCGAGAGCCGUUCGCCAUGGAACCUUUCCAGCAUAGCGACUACGCUAGAUUCUACCCAGAAGCAAACGGGAGUGGCACGUUCAAGAGGCUUCUGCACAGAGAGAUGAGCGAGUAUGAGGUGUGGAAGUACGCAGCUACCUUGUUCAGGAGAGCCAUGAAGGGCAAGCCGAACGACUGGAAAAAUGCGUAUAUGUUCUCCAAGUGCCUAUGGAAGAUGCAUCAGAAACCAGCGGAUAUGCUUGAGCUGAAAGACCGGAAGACACUGCCCACAGUGAAGGCACUCGUCGAGGCUCUGGAGAAGACAAUCGAGAUCGUGUCCCUACUGCCCAAACCCAGGCAUGGCCAGGAUCCAAUCCUAGAGCCGCAUUACAAGAUUGUCUCAAUUUUGCACAAGCUCGUCACGCGCAAGAGCUUGACCGUCCAGGAAGCGGUCGGCAUUCUCCAGCGGCAGCCCUACGCAGUUCAACAUGGCCAGCAAGAGAGCAUCCAGUCGACAGAUGAUUGGAAUGCCCAUGUGAUCGAGACCUUACGCCAUUUACGUGACAAGGACAAGUCACACUGGCAGCAUCGUAUCAUCAUGCGUCACGCCCGUAUGAUAUACGACCCACGCGAAGAAGAGCCCUCGGACCAACUCGCUGAAGCGCAAGCGGCUUUCUCUGUUUUGCGUGAGCACAUGAUCACGAAGACGAUGGCCAUUAACGUCUGGAAGUGCGAUGCCGAGCGUGCCGGUCGGCAUCAUGUAUACACGGAACAGUAUGUUCGAUAUACUGUGAAGCUUUUGACGGUGACGAAGGAUCAUGUGAACAUGGAGCUGCUCUUGCGUAAGAUCCGCAAGAAAGGUGCCGACUUCUAUCACUUCAGUGACCUCUGGGCUUCGUGCGUGCAAGCAUACACCAGGCUUCUGCGUCGCACUUAUGAAAUCCCGGCCUUAGAAGAGGACACAUUCAAGAACAUGAGUUUCGAGGAAUUUGAUAUUCUGGGAGAGCGCAUCAACGACUGGGCAGGUGCGAAGGACAGGGUUCAUGCCGCUCUGAGCGCAAUGAAGGACGCCAUCGAAGUCAAGAAACUCAAUGGUGGCUUGACAAAGGCAGGUAUGAUUGAUGACUUGAUUCACGACUGCUACUCCGAUCUUUACCGAAGUAUCGCCGAUGAGCUCCCCGGCCCGGAGCCUUCACAGGUUAUUGAGGAGCGCAACCGGCUCAAAAGCUCGGAAAUGCAGACCAACGGUCAACAGGAGAAAGAGCAAUUCAAUGGCCUGCUACAUCCGAGCGGCGUGGACAGGAACAUUGACCAAGGGGUCUCACCGGCGGGUCGUGCAACUAGUGAGGCGCCAUCCGCAGGUGUCAACGGCGGCGAGAAGAUGGAACGUUCCACCUCCAACACAGGAGAUCAGGGAGUCACACGCCGCCGGUUGCUAGGCGUGCGGCGUGCAGAUGUGCUCCGCAAGGCCGAGCAGGCAGCUUCGCGGGCUACUGAGCAGCCACCGCCCAAGUCUGCCGUCAGCGAGAGGUCGAACGGCCGGAGGUCCGGGCGCGGCAGCCCGGGCAGCGGCCAGAACGGCCUGGAUGGCAACGAGGGCGAGGAGAGCGAAGGUGAGGGAAGAGAUGGCGACGUUGAGAUGAAGCAGGACAUCGACAACGAUGAGCAGGACGAGCAGGCUGACGAGAAGCAAGACGGUGGUAACGAGGCAGGUGAAGAGGCAGCGGCGGAGGGCGAAGAGAGCGAGGCGUCCAGCCCGAGGCCGGAACACGACGACGCAGAUGAUGAGAGCGACCUUAGUGAUGUGCCUGAUGACUACGACCAGGACAUACCGCCGACCUUGAUGUUUCCGAAUCUGCGCCGAAGCGCGGAUUUGUCAGUCGUCGCGAGUUCUGGAUCGAGCAGUAGCGCAUCUGAGGGCGAGGAUGAAGAUGAGGAAGAGAAUGAAGAUGAGGGCGAAGAAGAAGGUGAGGAAGAUGAAGAGGACGAAGAGCAGGAGGGAGGCCAACAGGACGAGGACGAGGAGAUGGCAGAAGCGGGCGAGGAAGUACCUGACAGUACGGCUGAUGAUGCGGACGAGACUGGCUAG